AUGACGACUCCGUUCCCUCUCUUACGCCUUCCAAGCCUGUCACUGAUUCCUGUUUUUCAACAAAUGGAGCCUAUUGAUGUAAUCGCGUUCUCUCUCCUCUCUAAUCGAGCAAGAUUAAUGUCAAAAACUCGUGGUCUAUCAGUAACUUCUAUCGAUAUAAUGACUGUCAAUCACUCUCUCGUUCUUGACAUAGUCCUGGGUGAUGACAAAAGACUACAGCUAUUUUUACGUCUCAUCCCUGAAAAUCUUUCGGAUUUUAUAGGGGUUUUGGUCAACAACAAGAUAGUUAAAUGGCGCAAUUUAGGGCUUUCGAGGGCUGAAUGCAUUCAACGGAUUAUGGAUGUUACCAACUGUGCAUCAAUCCAAGAAUUGAAGUUCUGCGAAACAGAAUCAUUCCAUGCACUUCCGAUUCUUGCGACACUCCCAAACAUCGAACAAAUCCUUAUCACACAGGACUGUAACGAAGGUUUUGUUCACAAAAUGUUUGAAAUUCUUUCAAAAGUGACCUCAAAUAUUGAUGUGUUUCAAAACCGGAUGGAAAACCUCGAACAAUUUCAAAAAGUUCUCAUGUUGAACAUGAAUAGCAUCACAAUCAAGUUGAUGACUCCCCGGGACCCAACCCGAUUGCGACUAUCUCUAGAUGACCUUCUCAUUUGCAAUGCUGUGCAUCUACAUCUCUUUGGUGUCAUGAUCAGUGUGAAAGAUCUCAACCGUUUUUUUAUGUCGUGGAUGAAAAACAAGUCUAAUCCCCGGUUGGAACAUUUGAAAUUCAUAACUGUGGAAGAGGUGAGUACAGAUGUCCUUCUGAAGGGACUCAAUGUUAUCGAGAUGCCACCCACUACAACGAGAACGUUCCGAGUAUAUGAGAAUUCUCGGUGCCGAGAGAAGGUUGUGACUGGAGGGAUGGAUGUGAUGCGACUGGAUGGGACACAAGCAACUUUGGAAGUUAGAGCUAUGACCAGAAUAACAUUUGUAGAGUUUUAUGUUAGGAUAAUUGCCGUCUCGCUUCUUUCCAAAAGAGCCAAUAACCUCUCAAAAAGCCUUCGCAAAAUAUCUCCCCGUAACACAUAUCUGAAAGUAAAGAGCGAUCACCUUGACAUUAGUCUUUGUUUUGCAACGUGGUACAACGUGGAACUGAGCCUAUAUUUCUACAAAGAGAACGCACCGGAUUUGGCCGAUGCGAGGCUUCGAAACAGAGCUUUUACUAACGAAAACACCGGGUUGUCAGCAUCUCAAUGGUUGGAGCGGGUUCUAGAUGUGACGAACUAUGAAUCGCUGACGAAAAUUAGUGUCGAAGGAACUCCACAGUUUGAUGUAUGCGAUGCUUUUGCUAUUUUGACUCAGCUUCCAAGUUUAUUGAUUGAAGAGAGCUGUGGUGACAGAUUAGCAAAGAAAACUCUGGAAAUCCUCUCGCCAGUUACUGCGAAAGUUGAAUUGUUCAAAAUUCCAUAUGAGAACAGGACAGAGUUUCAGACAUUUCUGAAGACUAAUUUGAACUAUUUGUUCAUUAACACUCACCAGUUCUCGAGAUUCACUCUUGAUGACCUUCUAGUCACAAACGCACUCAAGGUGGAAUUGUUAAGAGUCACAUUGAGACUUAGAGAUUUGAACCAAUUUCUUACAAGUUGGUUUCACAGUAAACACAACUCUCGACUAGAACAUCUGAAAUUUCGCAUAUUUGAAAGUUUCGAUGAAACGUGCCUUCCGGAAAUACUGAACGCUUUUCCAAGAGAUCAAGAAAGAACGUUCCGUUAUUCAAAACAGCUAGACACUUCUUUGAAAACGUUUUCUGGUGGAUAUGAUAUCGAAAGAGCAGAUGGGAAGAAAGCCACAAUCACAUUUGAAAACAAGUUUGACAUGAUGUUCACCGACUUCUACAUUUGGCCGUGA